AACGUCCCUUCCAUUGCUCCCGCUUCGCCAUCCGAGUCCCAUCACUCACCAUUUUACUACUGAUAAGAUCACUAAAGGAACGAGAAGCCGAAUCAAAGAGAAGCCAGGGGAGAAAAGCAUACCUCAUGGUCUUCGGAUUCCGCUUCUCCUUCUCCCUGUCGAGCCUCAGCCCUGGCGCCAACCCUUGCCGCCGCCGCGACGCGCCCCACCAUAUGCGCUCCACCAGCUUGCCUUGCCCCGUCCUCUCACCCCUCCUGGACGAGAUCCGCUCCCUCCGCUCCUCCCCACGCCGCGAUGGGUUUGCCCGGAUCAACCGCCUCCUCGCUGCCCUUGACGAUCUCCUCCACCUUCCCCGGACCCGGGACACCCUUCGCCGCCGGCCCGCCUGGGCCGACCGCCUCUUCGACGACUUCCUCCGCCUCGCCGACGCCCACGGCUCCUUCCUCUCCGACGCCAUCGCCCUCAAGCAGCACCUCUCUGAGGGUCGCACCGCCAUUCGCCGCGGCGACCCCGUGCGGCUCGCAUCCGCUGCCCGAUCCCACCGCCGGGUGGAGAAAGAGAUCGCCGGGCUCGCUUCAUCCAUCAAGGAUCUCGCCAGAUCCCCUACCUUGGCACCGGGAAUCGGGCCGGACUCGGAGAUCGCCGGGAUCAUUGCAGAAGCGGUAGCGGCAACAGCGGCCACGUCGACGGAAGUUUUCCUGUCAGUGUCUGGCUGGGGUUCUUGGAUGGUCUGGGCGAUGAAGAGGCCGUCGAAGAAGGGCUUGGAAGAGGCGGAGAUGGUGGCAAUGGAGAAGCUCGAAGAGCUGAUGGAGCGCAUCGAGGGAUUGGAGGACGGAAGCGGGAGGGUGUUUAGGAGUCUGGUGAACACGCGAGUCACGCUUCUUAACAUGCUCACGCCUUCUUUGUAGAACAUGUCAUGGUUGCAUGACCAGUAGUGACUGAGUCUGCAACUGAACCGACCCGUCCCGGUCCAAGGCCUCAUAUACAAUCGAGACGGGUCUAGCCUUGUACAGGACCAGACCGGGAACGGUUCAUUACCAGUCUCGAGUCCAUCAAAACAAUAGAAAUUUAAGGCUAAGUUUUCAUCUGACAAACUGUAUUUAUAAUUACGAGCUCACAAGCCUCAAGAUUAGCUUUACAUUCUUCAAGGUAAUGAAUCUAAUGUGGGUUGAAGAA